ACUGAUGAUUCUGGUGAUGAAUGGUUUAAUGAAAGCAUGUUUGAAGAAUUAGAUGAUGAUGCAUUUAAUAAAUUAAUUAGUGCAAGUAAAGAUAAAGAUGUUUGGAAAACAGAAGGAAGACCUCAAAUUUAUACUGGUUCUUCAUCAAGAACAUUUUAUAGAAAUAAGAGCAUUUUAAAAAAAGCAGCUGAAGGUACAGCUAGCAUUAAAUCUUUUUUCCAGGUUCAAAAUGCAGAACAAUCAAGCACAUCUAAUGUCAAACAAGAUAAUUUGAAUUUAGAAGAUGAAUCAAGUGAAGUCCCAUCUAACUUCAUUCAAGAGGAUUUUGAUGAAUUUAGUGAAGAGGAUUCAUCUAAUUUUACUUUAGAGCAGCUUGAGGAAGAAAUUAAAAAAAAUAAAAUUCAAGAUUAUAGAUUAAGAUAUGUUGCCCAAUAUUUGAGAUUAGUACAGAAUGGUGGUUCAAAAAUGGAA